AAAAAAGAAAGCGUAAAAUACGAUAAACGAUGUAAAUUGAAAAUUUGUGUUAUCACCUAAAGUUUCGGUCUUGAUGAAUCAAAAUUUUUAGUAUUUCUUCGUACAACAUUAAAUUCCAUGUAAAAUAUCAAUUUCUCAUCAGUUCAACAAUUAAUUCAACGUAAUGUCUACGACAAAAAUUAUUGAUGAGGUCGAUAUUAUUUGCGGAUUAAAAGCAGCAAUCACAGAGCUGGAAUGUCAUCAUCAAGCACAAAUACUGAAAGCCCAAAAAGAAAAGAUAGUAUCACCGUCUGUAUAUAUAACAAUACCUAUACAACAUGUAACGCAAACUAAAAAACCGAAACCACGAAGCAAGUCCAAAAGCAGUAGGCGUGCUUCUUCAAAAUAUAUAAAAGAGCCAGCUGUGACAGACAGUCAAUGCAAAGACAAAGAGAAGUUCGAUCGUCCCAAGAGUCAGUACAAGGACAAAGAGAAGUUGGAUCGACCCAAGAAGACACCUCGCCUGAUGUUCCCGGAAAUGCGAGGGGGCAUACUGUAUUCCAGAUGUUACUGUUUGCACAGAAACGGUCUUCAAGAUGUGUGUCCGUUAACGCAAUGCCAAGGCCAACCGGAAUGUUUGACUGAACCAUGGGCUAUCUGUCCACCGGGAAAAUAUGUCAGAUCGCGUUACCCAGAAUUGUAUCCGACGAAAAAAGAUUGUGUACAGCGUGAUGAUACAAAAUGAAAGGAAAAAAAAAAGGAAAAACGAAAAUUACAUUUUGUGUUUAUACAUACAAAAAACUUAUCUCCGAAUAGAAUGUUAAUAUUUUUAAAAGAUGCGUCAGUUUUUAAAUUUUUUUAUUAAG